UUCAGUUCAGUUUGUGUCACCGGUUGUAGCAGAUGUGUUGUGUUUUCGCUCGGUCUUGGUUGGUUUAGUUAAUCGCGCAGGCGUUCGCUGGUUGGACAAGUUUUGCGUACUCCACGUAGGUGUCUCCCCCGUUGAUGCCCACACUCGCGAGUUGCAAUCUCUCGAUUCUCUCCGACUCCGGGAGGAGCUAGAUUGAAAAGACCUUCGUGGGACACACUCGUUCAUCUGAGGGUGAUGAUAUUUAAUUGAAUGAAUUUCGAAGACUCGGCUUAGUUACGUCGGACUCGUGGAACUGUGAACAACUGUGAUCUCUCCCUUUCUCUUUCUCGCGCGAACUUUUGGAUACAACGCGGCGGUGACUUGUGCAACUUCGGAUGUAUCAGAAGAAGGAAAAAAAGUGAUACUUUGAAGAUCUAGCGGAUUACCUCAUCACUGUUUGAAAAGUUGUGGGUGAAGAAAUAAAAAGCUAUAAAAAAAGAAUAGAGGUGAAGAAUUAGAAUCCCAAUUGACGAGUGCCGCUCAAAUAUAUAUCGGCAGGGGAAAACAGCAUGUGAUAGCAAGUGCCAUUAGUGAUCGUGAUCGUGUGAAGAGGGUACGUAAUAGCAGAGCAAAUUUAUCGAAAGUAUUAGCACGCCUAAGUGAGUGAGUGAGCAAUCGUCACAAGAUGGGGCCAACUAAACGUGACAAGCAGGAUAAGCUGAAAAGCCAGAGUUUGAUCGACUCGGAAAGAAUGGUCCAAACCGGUGGUAGCAGUCAGCAGCAGCAGAGUUCUUCGUCGAUGAUCACAAGCAGCAGUACCAGCAGCAGCAGCACUAGCCGCAAAAUGCAAACGGCAUCGUCGUCUUCUAGCAAGAUGGUGAUGAGCGGCAGUGACGGUGGUGGUCUUGAUCAGAAAAUCAGUGAAAUCAAAUCUGGUGGGGCAACUAGUGAAUCAGUGCAACAGCAGGGUCAAAGGCUCAGUGAAUCGAAACAGGCCGGCCAGAUAGAGUCGAAGCAAAUCGAAAAUAUAAUACAGGAAAUCAAGUAUAUUGCCAGUGACACGGCUGACUCAACAAAACGAAUUUCGACCGUACAGCAAAGUUGUGAUAGUACUAGAAGCGACAAGGAACUACACGAAGCCUUGACCAAUUUUGACAAGGUUGCGAACGCGACCGUUUCGGACAUCCAACAAGGUGCAACGAAAAUCAGUGCCAGUGAGAUCGCGUCCUCUGAAACAAGUGUCCACAAGAGUGCCUCUAGCAGCAAGGCAUCUCAAAGUAGUGCAACCAGUGCCAGUGCCAUCCAGAACAGUCAGAUCAUGAGCAGUGAAAAAAUCACCAGUGAAUCGAGCUCGUCCCGUGCUGAACAACACUCAUCCAGCAAAACCAUGAAAUCGUCUCACACUUCGUCAUCUUCAUCAUCAUUUGCGAAAAAAGAUUCUUCGACAUUCCUGUUGGACAGCUCCAACAUACAAAUGCUACAGAAGUCUGAUGCAAACCAAAAGGAUUCCGCAGUGACUCAAGUAAAAGACUCAGGAAAUCAUUCCGUUCUACAAACCCAUCAAUUCCACACCGACGGAGGACCCGCAGUUGGUGGAGGAGGUCGCAACUUUUCCGACAGCCAGAGCUACUCGUUUUCGGAGAAGAAUGCUCCGACUACCGAGGUAACUUACGACUCUGCCGGAAAUAAGAUCACCAGCACCACAUCGUCCUCCAGUGCCACUCAUGGCUUCACCUCCGCGUCAUUCCACUCCAGUGGAGGUGGCGGCGGUGGUGGUGACUCACAACUUCAGCCAACUUCCGGUGCGCAGACCACCCGUGUUUCCGGAAAUGUUGUGCAGGACGGUCACUACACCACAAGCUCCAGCUCUGCAAGCAAAUCUUAUUCAUCCUCCAAGCAAGAAUCAAGCUCAUCAAACACCAUGAACGUGUCCAGUGUGUCACAGAAAGACGCCGUAAUCGAUUCCACUGCGCUGGAAAACUACAAAAUCCAGGACUCGGCCUCACAGACCAACAUGCUGACGAAGAACGCAUCGGCCCACACGAUCGUUAGUCUGUCGUCGGCGAAUGAUUCGAUGGCGAACACGAUUCAGAGCACCCAGCUAGUCACCGAGAUGAAUCAGGAUGUGUCAUCCAAGUCCCAGCAGCAUGCCGAUUCGACCAAAACGUACGAGAGUUCGUCCCAUUUCGAGUCCAUGGACGAAAGCAACCGUUCGCGCAAGCAUGUCACCGACUUUUACGAGCAGCGUGAAUCGAACUCGUCCAUCCUGAAACGUAAGAUCUACGACGAAAAAGUGAAACGCCUCAGCCUGAUCGACGAGCGGGUUGUUCCCAGGGACGUGGUUAUUCAGGACAUUGAGGAUGACGUAACGAAUGUCACGAAAACAUCUUUCGAAGCGAAACUGUUUAAUCCGAAAACGAAACGUUGGGAACUGGUCGACCAGAAGACGAUUCUGGAAAAGGACAUCACCGUCGCCAUUCCGGCGGAAAUCGUUCACGAGUUGGAGGUGGAACGUCCCGAACUUGCAAAUAUCACCACCACGAUCCAGCUGACCAAAGUUUAUGACGCCAAGACUAAACAAUGGACGACAAUAGACCAGCGAAAACACACAGAUGUGCUGGAAAAAUUAAGUUACCUUGAGGAGAGCAGUGGUCGCACCGAACUGAACGAGUCAGAGAGGGUGAAAAAUCUACAAUCCAUUGAUACUGUUGAUAAAGUGAUCAUCAAAGAAUCAAGCGACCUUGGCAAGAUUCGGAAGCAAACUGGCAAAACUGUCCAAGAACAGUGCAUCUGUGAGAUCUGUACCUGUGGUCGACACAACUGUUUUAAUUGCGGUAGCGGAGGAGUAGAAAAAAUAACUAAAGCUUCCAACAAAACAUCGGUCAGCAAAACUGAAAACUUUUAUCAACAAGAUUUAUCUGAACUAAACGAGCAAAGCACCUACGUUCGUCGACGCACCUGGACAAAGGAAGAUGCCGAUGAGUAUCUAAACCAAACUCAUUCGUCAAGUAUUGAAAGGAGCAGCACCGAGCAAAACGUGACCAACCGUAGAUUGACCUGGACGAAGGAAGACUUUGAAAACGUUGAUCUUACCAAAUUAAAGCAAACAACAAAUGUCAUUGAGAAGCGACAACCCAUUCGCCACGAAGAUAACCUUCGUCCGGAAGGAGACUUCGAACGUCCCGAAAAGAGUCAAUUUCGACCAGCCGAACGUCCGAAACAGUUUCGACCGGAGGAUAACUUGAGACCUGAAGGAUCUUUCGAAUCUCCCGUCAAGCCAAAGUACCAACCUGGUGAAAGACAGAAGCCAAUUCGUCACGACGACAAUCUUCGCCCAGAGGGUGACUUUGAACGUCCCGAGAGGAGUCCAUUCCGACCAGCUGAAAGGCCCAAACAAAUUCGUCCGGAGGAUAACUUGAGACCGGAAGGCACAUUUGACUCUCCGGAGAAGACAAAAUAUCAACCAGGUGAAAGACCAAAGCCAAUUCGUCAUGAUGACAACCUACGUCCAGAAGGAGACUUUGAGCGUCCUGAGAAGAGCCAGUUUAGACCGGCCGAUAGGCCCAAGCAGGUUCGUCCAGAGGAUAACUUGAGACCUGAAGGAGACUUUGAGCGUCCCGAGAAGAGUCCAUUCCGGCCAGCUGAAAGGCCCAAGCAAAUUCGUCCGGAGGAUAACUUGAGACCGGAAGGCACAUUUGACUCUCCGGAGAAGACAAAAUAUCAACCAGGUGAAAGACCAAAGCCAAUUCGUCAUGAUGACAACCUACGUCCAGAAGGAGACUUUGAGCGUCCUGAGAAGAGCCAGUUUAGACCGGCCGAUAGGCCCAAGCAGGUUCGUCCAGAGGAUAACUUGAGACCUGAAGGAGACUUUGAGCGUCCCGAGAAGAGUCCAUUCCGGCCAGCUGAAAGGCCCAAACAAAUUCGUCCGGAGGAUAACUUGAGACCGGAAGGCACAUUUGACUCUCCGGAGAAGACAAAAUAUCAACCAGGAGAAAGACCGAAGCCAAUUCGUCAUGAUGACAACCUACGUCCAGAAGGAGACUUUGAGCGUCCUGAGAAGAGUCCAUUCCGACCAGCCGAAAGACCCAAGCAAAUUCGGCCGGAGGAUAACUUGAGACCCGAAGGGUCUUUCGAAUCUCCUGAGAAGCCGAAGUACCAGCCUGGUGAAAGACAGAAGCCAAUUCGUCAUGAUGACAAUCUUCGUCCCGAAGGAGACUUCGAACGCCCCGAGAAGAGUCCAUUCAAACCAGCUGAGCGUCCGAAACAGGUUCGUCCAGAGGAUAAUUUGAGACCAGAAGGAGAGUUCGAAAGACCUGAACCAGUUGGGUAUAGCUAUGUGCAAAGGUCACAGGUAAUAAGACAAGAGGAUAAUCUUUUCCUGGAAGGUAACUUUGAACGGACAGAAAAGACCGUGUAUGUAGCAGGAGAUCGUCCGAAACCGAUAAGACACGAUGACAAUCUACGCCCAGAAGGAGACUUUGAACGUCCGGAAAAGAGUCAGUUCAGACCAGCGGAUAGGCCCAAGCAAGUUCGUCCGGAGGACAAUUUGAGACCAGAAGGAGAUUUCGAACGCCCUGAGAAGAGUCCAUUCCGACCAGCCGAAAGGCCCAAGCAAAUACGCCCGGAGGAUAACUUGAGACCAGAAGGAACUUUUGAAUCUCCAGAGAAGCCGAUAUACCAGCCCGGUGAAAGACAGAAACCAAUUCGCCAUGACGACAACCUUCGUCCUGAAGGUGAUUUCGAACGUCCCGAGAAGAGUAAGUUUAGACCUGCCGAAAGGCCUGUACAAGUUCGUCCAGAGGAUAACCUAAGACCUGAAGGAGAUUUCGAACGUCCAGAAAAAAGUCCCUUCCGACCAGCAGAGAGACCUAAGCAGAUUCGCCCGGAGGAUAAUUUGAGACCCGAAGGAUCUUUUGAAUCUCCCGAGAAACCGAAGUACCAGCCUGGUGAAAGACAGAAGCCAAUUCGCCAUGACGACAAUCUUCGCCCAGAAGGAGAUUUCGAACGUCCCGAGAAGAGUCCAUUCAAACCAGCAGAACGUCCGAAACAAGUACGUCCCGAGGAUAACUUGAGACCUGAAGGAGACUUCGAACGCCCCGAGAAGAGUCCAUUCCGACCAGCCGAAAGACCCAAGCAAAUUCGGCCGGAGGAUAACUUGAGACCCGAAGGGUCUUUCGAAUCUCCUGAGAAGCCGAAGUACCAGCCUGGUGAAAGACAGAAGCCAAUUCGUCAUGAUGACAAUCUUCGUCCCGAAGGAGACUUCGAACGUCCCGAGAAGAGUCCAUUCAAACCAGCUGAGCGUCCGAAACAGGUUCGUCCAGAGGAUAAUUUGAGACCAGAAGGAGAGUUCGAAAGACCUGAACCAGUUGGGUAUAGCUAUGUGAAAAGGUCACAGGUAAUAAGACAAGAGGAUAAUCUUUUCCUGGAAGGUAAUUUUGAACGAACAGAAAAGACCGUGUAUGUAGCAGGAGAUCGUCCGAAACCGAUAAGACACGAUGACAAUCUACGCCCAGAAGGAGAUUUUGAACGUCCGGAAAAAAGUCACUUUAGACCAGCUGAUAGGCCCAAGCAAGUUCGUCCGGAGGACAAUUUGAGACCAGAAGGAGAUUUCGAACGCCCUGAGAAGAGUCCAUUCCGACCAGCCGAAAGGCCCAAGCAAAUACGUCCGGAGGAUAACUUGAGACCAGAAGGAAUUUUUGAAUCUCCAGAGAAGCCGAUAUACCAGCCCGGUGAAAGACAGAAACCAAUUCGCCAUGACGACAACCUUCGUCCUGAAGGUGAUUUCGAACGUCCCGAGAAGAGUAAGUUUAGACCUGCCGAAAGGCCUGUACAAGUUCGUCCAGAGGAUAACUUAAGACCUGAAGGAGAUUUCGAACGUCCAGAAAAAAGUCCAUUCCGACCAGCAGAGAGACCUAAGCAGAUUCGCCCGGAGGAUAAUUUGAGACCCGAAGGAUCUUUCGAAUCUCCUGAGAAGCAGAAGUAUCAGCCUGGUGAAAGACAGCAGCCAAUUCGCCAUGACGACAAUCUUCGCCCAGAAGGAGAUUUCGAACGUCCCGAGAAGAGUCCAUUCAAACCAGCAGAACGUCCGAAACAGGUACGUCCGGAGGAUAACUUGAGACCUGAAGGAGACUUCGAACGCCCCGAGAAGAGUCCAUUCCGACCAGCCGAAAGACCCAAGCAAAUUCGGCCGGAGGAUAACUUGAGACCCGAAGGAUCUUUUGAAUCUCCUGAGAAGCCGAAGUAUCAGCCUGGUGAAAGACAGAAGCCAAUUCGUCAUGACGAUAAUCUUCGCCCAGAGGGUAACUUCGAACGUCCAGAAAAGAGUCAAUUCAAACCAGCUGAAAGGCCCAAACAAGUUCGUCCGGAAGAUAAUUUGAGACCUGAAGGAGACUUCGAACGCCCCGAGAAGAGUCCAUUCCGACCAGCCGAAAGACCCAAGCAAAUACGCCCGGAGGAUAACUUGAGACCCGAAGGAUCUUUCGAAUCUCCCGAGAAGCCGAAGUACCAGCCUGGUGAAAGACAGAAGCCAAUUCGCCAUGACGACAAUCUUCAUCCAGAAGGAGAUUUCGAACGUCCAGAAAAGAGUCCAUUCAGACCAGCAGAACGUCCGAAACAGGUACGUCCGGAGGAUAACUUGAGACCUGAAGGAGACUUCGAACGCCCCGAGAAGAGUCCAUUCCGACCAGCUGAAAGACCUAAGCAAAUACGCCCGGAGGAUAACUUGAAACCAGAAGGAUCUUUUGAAUCUCCCGAGAAGCCGAUAUACCAGCCCGGUGAAAGACAGAAGCCAAUUCGCCAUGACGACAAUCUUCAUCCAGAAGGAGAUUUCGAACGUCCAGAAAAGAGUCCAUUCAGACCAGCAGAACGUCCGAAACAGGUACGUCCGGAGGAUAACUUAAGACCUGAAGGAGACUUCGAACGCCCUGAGAAGAGUCCAUUCCGACCAGCCGAAAGACCCAAGCAAAUACGCCCGGAGGAUAAUUUGAGACCAGAGGGAUCUUUUGAAUCUCCCGACAAGCCGAAGUACCAGCCUGGUGAAAGACAGAAGCCAAUUCGUCAUGAUGACAAUCUUCGCCCAGAGGGUGAAUUCGAACGUCCAGCAAAGAGUCCAUUCAAACCAGCUGAAAGGCCCAAGCAGGUUCGUCCGGAGGAUAAUUUGAGACCAGAAGGAGACUUCGAACGCCCCGAGAAGAGUCCAUUCCGACCAGCUGAAAGACCUAAGCAAAUACGCCCGGAGGAUAACUUGAAACCAGAAGGAUCUUUUGAAUCUCCCGAGAAGUCGAUAUACCAGCCCGGUGAAAGACAGAAGCCAAUUCGCCAUGACGACAAUCUUCAUCCAGAAGGAGAUUUCGAACGUCCAGAAAAGAGUCCAUUCAGACCAGCAGAACGUCCGAAACAGGUACGUCCGGAGGAUAACUUGAGACCUGAAGGAGACUUCGAACGCCCCGAGAAGAGUCCAUUCCGACCAGCUGAAAGACCUAAGCAAAUACGCCCGGAGGAUAACUUGAAACCAGAAGGAUCUUUUGAAUCUCCCGAGAAGCCGAUAUACCAGCCCGGUGAAAGACAGAAGCCAAUUCGCCAUGACGACAAUCUUCAUCCAGAAGGAGAUUUCGAACGUCCAGAAAAGAGUCCAUUCAGACCAGCAGAACGUCCGAAACAGGUACGUCCGGAGGAUAACUUGAGACCUGAAGGAGACUUCGAACGCCCCGAGAAGAGUCCAUUCCGACCAGCUGAAAGACCUAAGCAAAUACGCCCGGAGGAUAACUUGAAACCAGAAGGAUCUUUUGAAUCUCCCGAGAAGCCGAUGUACCAGCCUGGUGAAAGACAGAAGCCAAUUCGCCAUGACGACAAUCUUCAUCCAGAAGGAGAUUUCGAACGUCCAGAAAAGAGUCCAUUCAGACCAGCUGAAAGGCCCAAGCAGGUUCGUCCGGAGGAUAAUUUGAAACCUGAAGGGGACUUCGAACGUCCCGAGAAGAGUCCAUUCCGACCAGCCGAAAGACCUAAGCAAAUACGCCCGGAGGAUAACUUGAGACCCGAAGGAUCAUUUGAAUCUCCUGAGAAGCCGAAAUAUCAACCUGGUGAAAGACAGAAGCCAAUUCGCCAUGACGACAAUCUUCAUCCAGAAGGAGAUUUCGAACGUCCAGAAAAGAGUCCAUUCAGACCAGCUGAAAGGCCCAAGCAGGUUCGUCCGGAGGAUAAUUUGAAACCUGAAGGGGACUUCGAACGUCCCGAGAAGAGUCCAUUCCGACCAGCCGAAAGACCUAAGCAAAUACGCCCGGAGGAUAACUUGAGACCCGAAGGAUCAUUUGAAUCUCCUGAGAAGCCGAAAUAUCAACCUGGUGAAAGACAGAAGCCAAUUCGCCAUGACGACAAUCUUCAUCCAGAAGGAGAUUUCGAACGUCCAGAAAAGAGUCCAUUCAGACCAGCAGAACGUCCGAAACAGGUACGUCCGGAGGAUAACUUGAGACCUGAAGGAGACUUCGAACGCCCCGAGAAGAGUCCAUUCCGACCAGCUGAAAGACCUAAGCAAAUACGCCCGGAGGAUAACUUGAAACCAGAAGGAUCUUUUGAAUCUCCCGAGAAGUCGAUAUACCAGCCCGGUGAAAGACAGAAGCCAAUUCGCCAUGACGACAAUCUUCAUCCAGAAGGAGAUUUCGAACGUCCAGAAAAGAGUCCAUUCAGACCAGCAGAACGUCCGAAACAGGUACGUCCGGAGGAUAACUUGAGACCUGAAGGAGACUUCGAACGCCCCGAGAAGAGUCCAUUCCGACCAGCUGAAAGACCUAAGCAAAUACGCCCGGAGGAUAACUUGAAACCAGAAGGAUCUUUUGAAUCUCCCGAGAAGCCGAUAUACCAGCCCGGUGAAAGACAGAAGCCAAUUCGCCAUGACGACAAUCUUCACCCAGAAGGAGACUUCGAACGUCCAGAAAAGAGUCCAUUCAGAUCGGCUGAGCGACCACAACAAAUUCGUCCACAAGAUAACCUACGGCCUGAGGGCGAAUUCGAGCGUCCUCAGCCUGUAGUUGUUGGUAAAUUUGAGAGAUCACAGAUAGUUAGACAUGAAGACAACUUACAGUUGGAAGGACAUUUUGAGCGGACAGAGAAAACAGUCUAUAUUGCCGGAGAUCGUCCAAAACCCAUCAGACAUACCGAUAAUUUGAAACCCGAGGGUGAGUUCAGCUCUCCUGAUAAACCUCAAUAUCAAGCAGCAGAGCGACCAAAACAAAUACGCCCUCAAGACAAUCUUAAACCGGAAGGUGACUUUGAGAGACCUAAGCCGGUUGUUGUUGGAAAAGCUGAACGAUCGCAAAUCAUUCGCCAUGAAGACAAUCUUCACAUGGAGGGCAAUUUCGAGCGAGUUGAGCAAACUGUUUUCAUUGCCGGGGAACGGCCAAAACCAAUAAGACAUGAAGAUAACUUACGUCCAGAAGGUGACUUCAUGACUCCUGAAAAACCACAGUUCCGACCUGCUGAAAGGCCUAAACAAGUAAAACCCGAAGAUAACCUUCGAACGGAGGGAAGUUUCGAUCGUCCUGAGAAAACUCAGUUCAAACCAGCGGAGCGUCCUAAACAGAUUCGUCCAGAGGAUAAUUUGAAAACAGAGGGUACAUUCGAAACACCUGAAAAGCCGAAAUACCAGCCAGGUGAAAGACAAAAACCAAUUAGACACGACGAUAACCUUCAUCCGGAGGGCAAGUUUGAGAGACCGGAAAAGCCACAGUUCCAACCUGCGGAACGUCCCAAACAGAUUCGUCCAGAAGAUAAUCUAAAGCCAGAAGGAGUUUUUGAAAGACCCCAGCCACAAACAGUUGGAAAGGCAGAGAGGUCUACAAUUGUUCGACAUGCAGAUAAUUUACAUCUAGAAGGAACAUUUGAAAGGACACAGAAAACAGUCUACGUGUCUGGAGAAAGACCUAAACCUAUUAAACCUGAUGAUAACUUGAGACCGGAGGGUGUUUUUGAAACUCCUGAGAAGCCAAAAUAUCAACCAGGAGAGAGACAGAAACCAAUUCGUCAUGAUGAUAAUCUCCAUCCUGAAGGUGAUUUUGAACGUCCAGAAAAAUCACCAUUCCGCCCAGCAGAGCGUCCAAAACAAGUCAGACCAUCAGAUAAUUUGAAACCAGAAGGCUCUUUUGUAACACCAGAGAAACAUGGUUACCAGCCAGGUGAGAGACAAAAACCUAUUCGCCAAACCGACAAUCUACGUCCUGAGGGAGACUUCGAGCGUCCAGAAAAGCCUCAGUUCAAGCCGGCCGAGCGUCCCAAGCAGAUUCGUCCGGAGGAUAAUUUGAGAACAGAGGGUACAUUUGAAACUCCAGAAAAACCUAAAUAUCAACCUGGGGAAAGGCAGAAACCGAUUCGACAUGGAGAUAACCUACGCCCAGAAGGUGAAUUUGAAAAACCUGUGCAAAAACCUGCCUAUCAACCUGCUGAACGUCCAAAACAAGUUAAACCAAAGGACAAUCUACAAAUUGAAGGUGAGUAUCAUUCAUUGAAGGAACACAAGGAGCAAAAACAACGCAAAGAAACGGAACUACAAGAAGUCCAUGAAAAUGGAAUUCUGGAUGGUGCAGUUAUGGUUACAACACAAACUGUAACAACAAUUCUUAAAGGCGAUAAACCGAAGGCUACUGGCAAAAAGGUCACUACAUCGGAAACACAUGAUAGUUCGAGCCUGUCACAUACAAGUCAGGAUCAUCAGCAGAAGCAUACAAUGUCCUCAACACAACUUUCUCAGCAACAACAUGACACGAAGCAUCUUUCACAAAAUAUAAUUGACUCACGGUCAAUUCAAAACGUUGAUCAUUCGGUACAUGGGCAAUACUCUCGAUCCUCUGCCGUUGAAUCGACUAUGUCAUCCUCGAAUCUACAACAUUCAACACAAAGUUUGUCACAUGAAACUAGCGAGAGAAACGUGUCAUCAUCACAACAGCACAGUUCUAGCAAAGUUGUUACUUCUUCGAGUAAUGUAGUUUCUUCAACAAAUCGAAUUACAUCGAAUGCGCAGGAUGAGGCAAUUUCAAAUUCCACACGCGAUAUUUCAUCAAGGAAUAUUUCGUCAACCAACAGGAUCAUUCAUUCGAAGGAUGGGACAGUACAUGAUUCUGCAUUAGACAAUCACGUAUCCUCGAAGGAACACUUUGUAGGAAGUCAUUCAUCGUCCGCCAGUAAGCGUAUCGUGGUGGAUGGUAAGGUAGUCACCGAUAAAACAAUUUCUCAACAGUCGGGUACUGAAAAAUUGAUUGACGGAGGUGUUUUGAAGGUAGAUACAUCCUUUGUACAGAACAAAUCUUCGGGUUUCGACGGUACACAGAUAUUGGGAUCAACUGAAACAAUUUCAACGGAUCUCAAGAACGAGCUGACAACACGAAAGCAAACUUCAAGAGGUAGCCAGUCAAACAACAUCAUUCAUAGUACUCAUGAAAAUGGUGCUCAUAAGAUAUCGGGAGCUUCCGAAAAUGGAACUAAUCAAGUUCAGGUUCGGAAGUUGGUAGCCGGCAAAUGGGUAAUGAGAACAGUUACUGAAAACGUCAAUGGAAAACAUGAAGUGCAAUCGAGUAAAAUUAAUCAACGAGGACAUUCCAACGUACAUACUACGGCCGCGGCUGGAAGCAGGAGCGUGAAACAAUCCAAUGAUGCACAAAGCACGAAGACGAUUGGUGGCAAGCAUGUUCAUAUUCAUGGAGACGAAAGUUCAACAAGUGGGCAGGCAGCAGCUGGAAUCAGGAGCGUAAAACAAUCCAGCGAUUCGCCAAGUAUGAAAACAGUUGAUAGUAAGCAUGUUCUUAUUCAUGGAGAUGAAAGUUCGAUAAGAGGACAGGCAGCUGCUGGAAUCAGAGGCGUAAAACAAUCCAGUGAUUCACAAACCAUUAAGACAAGUGAUAGCAAGCAUGUUCAUAUUUAUGGAGAUGAAAGUUCCACAAAAGGACAAGUUUUAAGGAAUCAGAACAAUACAAGUUCGAGUAUUGUACACGGUGGCGACACAAGCACACAGAAAUCAACAAAACAAAGUGCCACUACGAGGAUCAUCGGAGGCAAGUUAGUUCACGUGGCUGCUCGCGAUGAUAGUAAUAGCUCUUCAAGAGCUUCAGUCAGUCAUUCAAGAUCAGCAAACAAUAUAAUACAUUCCGAGUCAUCGUCUGUGAUGAAUUCAGCUAUCUCCGAGAGCAAUUUAUCCAGUCGUACAGAAGCAAAACAAUCAUCGCAUAUCAUUUCUCAAUCGUCUACUUCUGAGAGUUCCACAGCCGAUAAACAUUUCAAUCGAAAUAGUGCAUUUUCCUCAACUGAAAGUUCCAACAAUGCUAUUCUAUGUCGCCAGCAACAGUCUAAUGCGCAACCUUCCGGAAGCAGCAUGAGUGUGUCUGGCUCAAUUCAACGGAAAAGCAUUUCCAACUUGAAUGAUAGUGCAGUCUACUCAACGACAAAUCGACAGAGCUACAGCUCACUGCAUCGCCGUGAGAAAGAAUCAGCGGAUAGCAGAAUGAACAACUACAUAAAAACUUUGGAAUCUGGACCAAUUACGACUCGUGGUAAACUGCAACCAUGCGCCCCUCCAACGAUGAGUACAUCGACCAAUGUUAGCAAUGUCACCAGUAGCAGUACAAUUGGGCAGCAUUCCAGUAGUAGUCAGCAGACGAAGAUGUUGCGUGAUUACCAUUCGGCCAUCAACGUAACUAAGAGUUCAACGAAAGCUAACGCUUCAAGCAUUUCGUUUGGUGAAGAUAAUAAGUUCCAUGGUACUAGCUCAUAUAAAAUGCAAUAUGUUCAGAAAAACGACGGUCCAUGCCCGGCCCAUGCUCUGAACGACAACUUGAAAGUAUCAAAGGUCACCAAGCAGCACACAUAUUACGUGCGUGACAGACGAUAAUAUAUUUUGGACAUUUUUUUUGUAAGCUUUGCGAAUUAUAAAAGUAAUGGCUUGUUUUUGUUGUCGCCAAUAAUAAAUGAUCAUUUAUAAGAUUAACUAAAAAUGUAUUGGAGAUACUCCAGCUUUGCUUGAAAUAAAUAAAAAAAAAUAUUUUUUUA